AUGUACGCCCUCAACAGGCUCGCCAAGAGCCAGCCCGCCCUCAAAAACGCCACCGGCCUCCUCAAGCGAAACGCCUCCACCACCUCUGCCGGCGGUGUCAAUGUCAUCGGUUUCGAGAACAAGGGGCCUGCUGCCACCUCCAGCUUGACCGUCGCCAUCAAGGCCGGUUCCCGAUACGAGACUGUCCCCGGUGUCGCACACGUGUUGAAGAGCUUUGCCUACAAGGCUACUGCCAAUGCGUCUGCUUUGAGAACAGCGAGGGAGGCCGAGCUUUACGGUGGUGUCUUGUCCGCUUCCCUCACCAGGGAGCACCUUUUGCUCUCUGCUGAGUUCCUCAAGGGUGACGAGGAACAUUUCCUCGGUGUCCUUGCCUCUGUCCUCGGAUCCUCCCAGUUUUACCGACACGAGCUCAACGAGCUUGUCCUCCCCGUCGUUGAAUCAGAAUCCUUGACCGCCCAGGCUUCCCCAGUUGCCGUCGCCCUCGAUCUCGCCCACACUGUCGCUUUCCGACGAGGUCUCGGUAACUCUCUUUACGCCAACAAGAACUACCCCGUAACCAUCAAUGACGUCAAGCAGUACGGCGAAGCUGCCUUUGCCAAGUCCAACCUCGCCGUUGUCGGCACUGGUAUCUCCACCGAGGCCCUGGCCCAGGCCGUCAACAACUCUUUCGGCUCUGGCUCCAGCUCUGCUUCUCAGCUCGCUACCCCCGCCGCCCAAUACUAUGGUGGCGAGGCCCGAGUUCCCCUCGACAUCCACGCCCCUGCCACCUCCGUCCCCACCCUCGUCAUCGCCUUUGGCACCACUUCCCCCGCUACCGCCGACCUCAAGGUCCUCAAGCACCUCCUCGGUGGUGAGACUUCCGUCAAGUGGACGCCCGGCGCUUCUCCCCUCUCCAAGGCCGCUGAAAAGAUUCCCGGAUCUUCCGCCAAGGCUUUCCUCCUCCCUUACUCUGACGCCGCUCUCUUUGGUGUUGUCGUUUCCGCCCCCACAAGUGCCCUUGUCAAGACUUUGGCUACCGAGGUUGCCAGCAUCGUCAAGAACGCUGGCGAGGCCAAGGAGGAGGAGGUGAAGAGGGCUGUGGCCAAGGCUACUUUCGAGGAUGCCUCUAGCACCGAGUCCUUAGCUGGUCUCGUUGCCGCUGCUGGUCCCGCUGCUCUUUCCGGCUCUGCCCCUGCUUUCGAGUCUUUCUCUGGUGUUUCUGCUUCUUCCGUUUCCAAGGCCGCUGCUCAGUUGCUCAAGUCUAAGCCUACUGUCGUUGGUGUCGGAAACAUUGCCGUGCUUCCUUACGCCGAUGAGCUCGGUCUCUAA